AAGUGGUUUGUCACUAUACUACAUUUGGCAUUGGUUCUAUUUUUGCAACACCUCAGUCCACGAUGGGUGUAUAUGUUCACCUAUUUAUCUUAAUGUAAUUUUUUUUAUUCAUGUGUCUUGUUUUUUAGUUGUUCGGAUUGGUUCACUUUGUUACCUACCCUAUAUUUGUAGAUAUAUUGUGCAAUUUUUUACUCAAAUUGAAUGUCGAUCAUGGAUUGUAUGAAUUCGGUAGAUUCUUCACCUCCAGUAGUGCAAAAGUCUGCAAAUGACUUGAGAGAAUAUAAAGUGAUGCGUUUAUGCAAUAGGAUGAAAGUGCUUCUUAUAAGUGAUCCGGAAACAGAUAAGUCUGCAGUGUGUUUAUCUGUGAACAUUGGUUCACUGUCGGAUCCGAAAGAACUGCCUGGUCUCGCACACUUUUGUGAGCAUAUGUUGUUUCUUGGUACGAAAUCAUUUCCAACAGAAAAUACCUAUUUGAAGUACAUAACCGAUCAUGGUGGUCACUGUAAUGCUUUUACGAGUCCAGAUAGAACUUCUUAUGUGUUUGAUGUUGCACCUGAAAGUUUGAAGGGUGCGUUGGAUAUUUUCUCACAGUUUUUCAUCUGCCCUCUUUUCACCGAUUCAGCAACAGAACGCGAGGUGAGUGCUGUACAGUCGGAACAUGAGAAGGACAUUAGUAAUGAUACUAGACGUCUUUUUCAGCUAGAGCGAAGCUUGUCAAAAAGUGGUCAUGAUUAUACGAAAUUCCUCUCUGGUAAUCGAUACUCUUUAUUUGAGUCCAGUUGUGCACAAUCGGUGAAUACACGCGAAAAGUUGUUGCAAUUAUAUUCAACAUGGUAUUCGUCAAAUGUGAUGGGACUAGUUAUCCUUGGAAGAGAAUCCAUAAAUGACCUAGAGAAACUUGCAGAAGAUAAGUUUUCGGAAGUUAUUGAUCGUAAUGUUGUGCAACCAUCAUGGAACGAGACUCCGUGGCCUGAUAUAUGUCUCAAGAAAAUGGUAUAUGUCGUCCCACUGAAUGACGUCCAUCAAAUGAAUAUAAUGUGGCCUAUUCCUGACUAUAUUCCAGAUUAUACAGCUCAAGCCACUAGUUAUGUGACUUAUUUACUUGGUCAUGAAAGUCGUGGAAGUUUACUGAGCUUAUUCAAAAAUGCAGGCUGGGCUAAUCAACUAACAUGUGAUGUUAAUAGAUCAGGAGCUGGGAUUUGUUAUCUGAAUGUGUCCGUUCAUUUAACUUUGAAAGGACUUGAGAAAAUCAAUGAAAUUAUAGCAAAUAUAUAUCAAUACAUCAACAUGCUUCACUCUGAUGAACCAAAAAAGUGGGUGUUGGAUGAAAUACAGACUUUAUGGAAACUAGGCUUUCGAUUUCAAAACAAAGAGACACCUUAUGAAUACGUGAUAAGAUUAUCCCGCAAUUUGUUGAUUUAUAAGAUGCAAGAUGACCUAACUGAUCAUUUUAUGGCAACUGUCUAUGAUCCUAAUUUAAUUAAGAAACUAUUAAUUUGUCUUACUCCUGAUAAUAGUCGCAUCUUUUUACUUAGUAAAACGUUUGCCGACAAAUGUGUGGAGGAAGAACCCUGGUAUCGCACUAAAUACCUUGCUAUUAAUAUUCCUGAAAAUACCUUGUCAGCAUGGCGAAAUAGUUCUUCUAAUCCAGAAUUGAGAUUCCCUGAGCCAAAUUCAUUCAUUGCUACUGAAUUCGAUCUGGUGCAAAACGAAUGCCCCACGAAUGUUGAAAUGCCAGAAUUAUUAAUCGAAACAGAGAUGUCUCGUAUUUGGUACUUUCAAGAUACAGAAUUCAAUCUUCUCAAAGGUUUUAUCAAAUUUCAUAUUGUCAGUUUGUCAACAUUUUGUAGUCCUUUACAUGAAACACUUUGUGCGUUUUAUGUAAACUUGUUUUUGGAUCAGAUUUAUGAACUUAAUUACUCUAGUGUGUUUGCUGAUAUAACAGUUCAUGUGGGAUAUACUAAUAGAGGUAUCACGCUUUUGUUUUCAGGAUUUACCCAUAAAUUGAAAACUUUUGUCCAAGAAAUAGUAACACAACUUGUCGAUUAUUGUGAACCAAAAACUGAUCGUUUCGAAUGCAUCCGUGAGAAAAUUUCCCAAAAUAUUACCAAUUUUUCAUUAAAACCAACUCAUCACCAGGCCUGUACAUAUUUAACGAAUAUUACUACACAUCAUUCUUGGAUUAUUGAUGAUUUUAUUCAAGCUCUAAAAGAUAUUACCUACGAAAAGUUGGUUAAUUAUAUCAAAGAGUUUUAUGAAAAUAUUUUUAUCGAAGGCCUUAUAUAUGGCAAUAUCAUCGAAGAGGAUGCAAUAAAUUAUUACGAAAUGAUUCGAGAUCUGUUAAUACAAAAAUUUGAUUCUAAACCAUUUUUGCUAUCUCACAUCGCAACACCUCGAGAAGUUAUAAUUCCUGAAGAUUCCAGUUUUCUUUAUCAACGAUAUAUUUCUGGUCAACCAGUUUCUGCGAUUUACUAUUACCUUCAAUGUGGUGAGCAGUCUACGCUUAGCAAUACAUUACUUCAUCUGUUUUAUCAGAUUGUAAGAGAACCCAUUUUCGAUAAACUACAUACGGAACAACAAUUGGAAAAUGCUAGAAGACAUGUCUGACGAAGAAUUUAAUGUUCAUGUGCAAUCCCUCAUGACACAUUUACUGGAAAAACCGAAAGGUAUGCAAGAUCGAUUUGGGCGUUUAUGGUCUGAAAUUGCUUGUCGACAUUAUAAUUUCAAACGAAGAGUAUAUUGAUCCUUCAUCAUGUACAAGAAAAAAAUUAGUAGUUCAAAUAAUAUCGAAUGAGGAACAUUUAUGUGAUUCAGAAUUUAGUAAUCAUAACAAGAAGGUAGUCGUCUUAAAAAAUCAUACGGAAUUGAAACGUUACUGUCCGCUGAGUUCUUUAACAAAACCAUUCAUGAUGUUCACUUCCAAAUAUGAAGGGAUAUCACUACGAUUUUAAUCCGGUUAUCUGGAUUGCAGAUUUAGAAAUAUUCAAUAUACGCGUCACUUUUUGAGAUUGCCAAAACGUGUCAUUUUUCAUGCACUAAACGCUUUUGAUUUUUUAAUGUCUUUACUUUUCUCGUGGAAAGAUUUGACACAAAGCAUGUUUUAUAAAUCUCGCUUUCAUAAGACAGAAAAUAUUUAAUUACGUAUAUGCUUUUCUACUACUUUUUGGUGCAGCUAUUCAUUUGACUGUUUUUUAUACUUUUCCUUGUGAAUUAACUCAUAAUUAUUUCUGAAUAUAUUUUGGUACCUCAUCUCUGUAAAGUAACUGGAAUUCUUCAUGGUGAUUUUCAAUCAUUUCAGUGUAUAAUGAUCUAAAAUAUUCUUUAAAUACAUUUAUGAAAUUACUAGCUAUUUUUUAUUAUAUGUUCGUUGAUAUGUGAUGACAAAUGAAUAGUUGGGGAAACUUCCGUUUUAUUUCUUCAUAAAUUUUUUUUUCUUUUUUUAACUUCUGAAUCAAUAAAAACUUGUGGCUUAAUAC